UACAAGUCUUUGCCAGCGCUUUAUCGACGAGUGCUUAUAAUGGACGAGCUAUCUUCAUCAAAGUCCCACGACUCAAUUGCGAGCAAGUCGGACAAUUCAAAGCCACGGAUAAGCUCCGUCAAAUCCGUCAAUUUCAGUAGGGGCACUGAUCGAACACGCGAUGAGCUGGAAGUGCCCUGCAGACAGCUUCUGAUCUACACCCAUGGAAGCUAAUCGGCUUUUCCCUCUCACACAGAUAUGUUCGAGUACUUCAUGUUUAGCUUUGCGUCGUCUGUGGCUCAGGGCAGCGGCGAGCGAGCGACAGGAGUGGCGAGUGCGGCCGAGAGUACUGGAGGGCAAUAUCUGUCCAAGCUUUCGCGGGAACUCCAGAUUGGUUUCAAGAAUCCGCUUUCUACCAAGGCGGACAACAUGCAGAGUUUUAGCGCUCUCUACCUUCAACUUGUGACAAUGUAUAUCAAGUACUUUAUCCCGCUGGUACCGCAGCCCUCUACUUUGACAGCUGCCUCGGCCGACACAGUUAUCACGUCAUUAGAUAGCCUCGCAAGCAACCCCAGUCAACGAUUCAUAAUCCUGUCCAUGAGUGAGGCUCUAGGCGUUAUUCUCUCGGACCAGUGGAUCACCCAAGGAUACCGCGUGGCUGAGGAUCGUUACGAGCGCCCAUCAUCACUCAGGAUCAAAUGCAUACACACUUUGGUAGCCCAUCUUUCCAAGUCUAAUCUCCAAGAUAUCUUCACGGGGCUUCCUCUUCACGACGUCAGUCCAUGGGUAGAUCAACCUGUCGAGGUUAUCAUACAGCGACGGGUCAUUUCUUCCCUCCAAAAGAAACUCUUUCAUUUUUUCCACAACUCUCUCGAGUUCUGGCCAAUCGAUGAAGGUUAUUCCUCAGUAAGAUUCGUGAUUUGUGACCAAAGACCGAGACUCCAUCCCAUCAUGCUCUAACGACCAGGGAAUCUCUGUAGAUUGUCGAAAUCUGGCUCAAAUAUAUCACGCCAUACGAGCCGAAUAAUCUUGAUGAAUCCUGGCUAUUUUUCAUUGUCCACAACUUUGCCUUUUAUUCAGU